UGUUCAUUUGUUUAUGAAUUACUUGAUUUCAACCUCUUGACUGUUCUAUGGAAACUUCAAUUACAUGUGGUUUGUUAGACUACAUUCAAAUCUGUGUGCUUAUUUCAAUGGGGAUAUAGUGAUAAUCAAACUUGCUGAUUUUUUUUUAUUUGACACUAUGAGACAUUUUUCUUAUGUUUUUCUCAUACAUCGUAUCAUGCAUUACUACAAAUAGAUUCUUACAUAGGCUCUAGUUCUGUACAGUUUCACGUAGUAAUUAAUUUCAAUUAGCUCAAGCACAUGCAUGGUAUCGUUUAGCUAAUUAAUACAACUAUUAUAAUGAACUAUAUUUUCUCUUUACUAACAUCUUUCUUGGUUUAUAAAAUUUUAUUUUUCAUUUCAGUUCAUUCGCACAAGAUGACAAAUCUCAUUCUGACCUAUUCUCCCUGUUAUCUCUAAGACGUACUAUUACAUAAAUAUUACUGAAUAAAAAAGUAAAAAUGCAAGACUGGGUGCAGCUUGCACUCGUCGACCUUUGCAUACGCUUUGCUAUUUACCGUAUAAUAAUUUCAUAUAACACGUAGUGAUGUAACGUAAGUCGACGUACGCACUCAGAAAUACAAUCUUAUCUGAAACGUUUGGAUAUAUCGAUAGUUGGUCACAAAUGACCGAUAGGUUUCAGUGAAUCAUUCGUAUUGUUUCGAUAACGAAGUGAAACAACUCAUUUUCAUAUGUGCUACCCGAGAAAGCUAGCAAAGAGAUGAUGAUAGUAUUUGUCUAUGACACUGUGAGAUGUUCCAAGGAAGAGGAUGAUCCAGCAGAGGCUGUAGUUUAUUUUCAUCCAGCAUGGGUUUCGCCGACCCAGCGUCUCGCCUUAGCAGGUCAAUUAAUGGGAGUUAAUCAAUUCCUUGCAAGUUCCUUCUCAGCACCACGUUUGAUAUCUCUACAAGGUGGUAAAUUUGUCUUAAAGAGAUUCGGACACUACAUGCUUGCUGUUGGUACAGAUAGAAAUAUCCAGGAUUGGGUUUUGGAAAGGAGAUCUGACACUUUGGAAUCUAUACUCAAGUUUUUUCACUGUGAUCUGGAAACAAUUUCCUCAUCCUUCGCUAGUGAUCGAAAUAAGCUCACGGAGAAACUUUAUCAGAUGUUUGAGACGUAUUUACCGAUAUUACAAUAUGGUGCCAAUAUGUUUUCCAAUAUACCCAAUAUAAAACUUCCAAAGAGUGCAAGUAAUGUUUUUUUGGAAGCUAUUCAAGUACUUCAGUAUUGCCAAGAGACAAGUGGUAUUAUGGCUGGAGCUCUCUUUUAUAAUAAUAAAGUGGUAGCUACUCAAUUGAGUGCAGAACUGACAAAGCAGCUAGUAAUAACUGAUCCGUAUCGAAUAAAGGCUCCUGCUGAAAGAAUAUCAACAGACUUUCAUUUGCCUGUGGGUGUUCAGCUACUACGUGUAUACGUAGAACAUAAACAGAUAGAAAAAUUAUCCCAGGAUGCAAACAUCGAAAGAGUACACAGCUCGUACUUGGACUCAACAGUGAAAAAGGUUCCGUUCAAAAAGGCCCUCCAAAAAACUGGUACAAAAGAUUUACCGAUAUCCAGUAUGAAGCGAGACACCUCGCGAAUAUUUACAGUACCGGAAGAAGGCGAGUUAGAUUCAAUCCCAUACGGCAAUGUAACGCAAUGCGUAAAGCCGCCAUCUACAGUAACGUAUUCACCAGCAAAACGCAAGCAGGAGUCACGAGUAGAACGUACCAAAUAUUCAAAUCCCUUAACACCAAGUGUCUGUUCGACGCCAUUGAAAGACGUGAAUCGUAUCCUGCAUGGUACAGCAGUAUCGAUAUGUAGUGCAGCUGAAGAACUGGAGGACAAACUGGAAGCAGAUAAGAAACCAGAGAAUAGACCGGAAAUGAAGGAGAACACGGACGACAUUCCGGAUGUCGUGAAGGAAGCUCUCAGAUGUAAACGCCUAAACAAAUUAAGAAAUGCAAACACUAAGGAGAAUCUUCUCAAGUGUAAAGAGACAAAUAGAAAGAGCUUGAGUACAUCCGACCUCGAGGAGUCAAUCCGGAAAUACUCGAACAAAGUAUCACUUAGAUAUUACAGUCUAGGUCUUCCUCGACUCAACGAUAAACUGUGUACUGAUUACGGUGCUGAUUCACCCAGGUUUAAGUCAUCCAAACAAUUCUAUAAUACCAUAACCGAUCCGUAUUAUCCGGUUUUUCGUUACGACGGCUUGCCUGUAUCUCGCUCACUUUAUGACCAAUAUAUAGCAACUCACCUUCAAGAGCUAAAUGCGGACACAAUCAAAGUAAACAAUUGUAAAGAACUAGCUUUAGACUUCCCAAUGGCUACAGAGUCAAAGAGUAUGGAUAAAAGUCAGGAGGAAAGUAAUGGGGAUGAUUCGGAGAAAAUAAAUUCCACGCUGGACGUGAGAUUAGAGAAAAAGAACAAGCAGGAGAUAUACAGGAGAUCCAUGAGUUUACCUUUAAAACCAUUAAACAGUACAGAGGAUGACGAGCGACGAAAAUCAACGUCAGAGUGCGGAAGUAUAUUCGAUCUGCCUCAGAAACGUAAAUUAGACGGUUUACAAUUGACGCCAUUAAUGUCAAAAUUGAGUCUACUCGCGGAUGAGAGAACUAGUGGUUUUUGCAGUAGAGAAACGACACCUAGUGAAUUUCGUGACCUGUCAUUCUCAACAGCCACCAAUCAAUUACUGAAGAGUAAAUUAGAAGCUGCCAGCAAGGAGAGCGGUAGCGACGAAGUAGACGAACUCGAGGAAGAUUGGAUAAUUAAGGACGACAGUCAGUUGGAGAAAACUGAAUUAUUUUUGUGUGGACAUCAAAAUAUGGUUCUGGUAUUAUUAAUGGAGGAUGGUACAGGCAAUAAUCCUGAACUAAUACAUUCCCUUUGGGAAACCUGCGUGAGCACAUUGGGGAGACUGGAAACUCGUCUUCAGCAAUGUCUGGAGCCACUUCCCUCCAACGAGAACAAGGAACUCUACAGUGUCCUAAGUGUAGAUCCUGAAUGGGAUACCGUGCAUCGUUCUGGACUCUGGGGCGUGACGGAACUAGAAAUUGUAUCCUCGUUACACGACCGAUUUACCAAAGCGAGUAAUCUCACGGACAUUAUUAUCAGAACAGAGGAUACGGUUGUUUACGGUAACCAGUGCGGCAAGACUGAAGUAUUUUACCAGCAAGCAAUGGCUCCAAACACUUCUGGUGGGCUACCGACUCCUGCGGACUUGAUGGGCGUCGUGCCCUUAAAAGCCAAACGUAGACUGGAAAGAGACCACGGAAUUGUGUUGUUAUAAAUUCGCGAAUUUAAAGACCCGGUUGAAUUCGCAUCACGUAUUCAAAAAUAAGGAAAACGGCCGGGCGAUUAUCUUGCCAUGAAAAAAAGAAGACAAACAGAAACUAUGCAAUCCUUUAGUUAUUAAGUAACUAGUACCUUGCCGACUUGUCAUUCGUCUUUCCUAACGCGAUCACUUUGACCUUUGAUCAAUUGACGUUGUUAAUGAAUUUCUUAAAUCUAUUGUUUUACUCUAUUUACACUGUUGCGUGUAAACGACCUGCCAUUUAACAUUCCCUUAAGCAAGUGGUAUCUUAAUUAUUGUUAUUGUAUACGUUAUUUCUCUUUUAUCCCUAUUAGCAUUACUGUUUAGAAACUGCUAUAGCGUUUAUACUUAAAUGACCAUUCUGUACAUAAUCUAAAUAUACAAGAAAUUCCAGACGAUGCUGGAUUGUCGAGGAAUCUAAUACAGUGAGAAAAGAUAGAUUUUUUGGAAUGCUCCAUUUAAAGAAAUUGAUAUGCCACGUUUAAUCUAUUAUCUCAAUAUACGAAUGGUAGUCGAUAUAGAUAUAGCAUGGAAUUGUAAUUUUUAUUAGAGAAUCGAUACCGAAUUUUUAACAUUUCAACGAUGAACGACUUUCAUAUCAAUACUGGAACCAUACACAUAGUUUUUCAAAGACCCGUGACUUUUAUUACUAUAUUCUAAUGAAAUCGCUACAGUUCGCUAUAGACUUAGAAAGCCAAUAGACUUAAUUUAAGUUGCAAGAGAAUAAGAGCCUCCUGUAUUAUUUUAAUCGUUAAAGGAUGCGAAAUAGUAUUUUUUAUUACAUAAAGAACAUCGUUCAGCUUACGGUAGACAGAAAGAGAAUGAGCAAAUGAGUGAAAGAGAGAAAAAAGAAAGUGGAAGUAUGCUUGAGAAAAAGAGAGAGUAUGAUAUUAUCAUACGGCUAGUAUUAGUAUUUAAUGAGAAUAUUAUUAAUUGCGCGAGAAUGUUAUUAAUUGUACAACAUGCGAAAGAAAAUUCUGUGUACAAAUGCUGGUAUCGUUAAUAAUGCUGUGCGUUGAUUAAUGACGUUUAUUGCGUCUCAAUUCGUAGAAUUUCGAUAGCGAUUAAUUAAAUGUAACGAAUUUUCAUGUAAUCGAUAGAUCCUUGUUUUACAGUAUUUCAAAACUUCAUACGUUCCAUGUGUUUCUCUCUUCGUCAGAGAAACUUUACGAUACUUGCAACGGACUCCAUUGUGGACGACGAUGCGACUUAAUAAAGUGAAACAGCUGAACAAUUUUUUAA